CUGCAGCCRAGUGGAUCAGAUCCCAUCCCAUGCUCACCCUGGGGGUGCUGAUUCUGCUCCUGGCCCUGGUCCUGGCUUUGGSUGURGCCUUGGCUUCUGUGUCAGGGAGAACACAAGCAGAAAUUCCAGUUAACCUUGRCAUUCCUGUGCUGCUGGCCUGUCCCCAUGGCUGGGUCGGGCACCGCGGGAUCUGCUACUUCCUCUCGAGGGAUCACCGCAGCUGGAAUCAGGCUCAGGCUCGGUGCUCUGAGCUCGGGGCCUCCCUGGCCGUGCUCAAGGACUGGGAAAUGGAGUUCCUCUCCCGUCUCACCAGGAACGAGGAUCACUGGUUCGGGCUGCGCAGACGGGGCCGGGAGCUGCAGUGGGGGGACGGCAGCAGCUUCAACUCCUCGGUUCCUGUCCUGGGCAAUGCAGGAGAGGAUAACCUCAGGA